AUGUGCCGCACGAUUCAGGUCGGCAAGGCGACUUUGGAAAAGCUUCGUGCCAUUGAGGAUAGUGACAUACCCAUUUGGAUCCACGGUGCCAGUAGUGGCAGGUCCAGGGGCUCCCAUCCCAGCCCCAAAGGUUUCUGCACCCUCGAAACCUCCUUGGCAAAUUCCCCAGCGGCCAUGGGCAUCUACCAGCUUCUCCUUGCCACGGCCACGGCGGCCACGGCCGCCGGCCUCGAGCUCACUGAGGAAGACUGGGAUGUGAAAACGGCAGGAAAGAAUGUUUUCGUAAAGUUCUAUGCGCCAUGGUGUGGCCACUGCCAGAACAUGAAGCCCGCCUGGGACCAGCUCGCACAGGAAUACAAGGAUCAUGACCACAUCCUCAUCGCGAACGUUGACUGCAUCGGGGCCGGGAAAAGCAAGUGCGCGGAAGUGGGCAUCAAGACGUUUCCCACGUUGAAGUUCGGCACUCCGCAUGACCUCGAGGACUACCGCGGCAGUCGAGACUUCGAAGACCUGGCCGCUUUCGCCGAGGACGUUUGUGAUGCGCGGUCCUAG